AUGGCACCUCGCCCUCAAAAGUCAACGAGCGGUACACCCGGUGCUUCGGGCACGCCCGGCCCAGAUGAAGGUCCGCAGAUCAGUCCAGGUGGAACGUAUGGACUGGAAGAUGUGGUGAUCGGUUGCAAGGCGUUUGUGCAGAAGCCCGACGUGGUCACCGGCGAGAUGGAAGAGAGGCAAGCCGAGAUCCUCUCGAUUCGCGAGAAGCCCAAACCUCGCCUCACAAAGAAACAGCAAGCCGAGCUGGCCACCAAGCCGGCACCCACGUUGGAAGAGAAGCUAGAGUAUUACGUCCACUACUGCGAGUUCAACAAGCGUCUCGACGAGUGGGUCAGCGGCACUCGCCUCAUCACUUCACGCGACCUCGAGUGGCCAAAGAAGGAAUCUGCCAACGACAAGACGAAGCGCAAAGUCGUUCGCACCAGCAGCGGCACCUCGACCCCUUCCACCCCGCUCACACCCACCGGCAAAGGCAAUCGCGGCGCCGGUGCCACCAACUUGCUCAAAAAAGCUGCCGCUCAGGCCGCCAAGAAUGUCCAGGCCGACUCGGGCGACACAUCUACUGCACAGAGUGGCCGUGGCGACUCCGCCGAUGCAGAUGGUGACGACGAAGAUGGCGCCGUAGUUGCCAUGGAGAUGAUCGGCGGUGCCGACCAGAAUGAGCAGGACGACGUCGCCACCGAGAGCAACGGCGGCCUCACCGCCUCCCUCAACGCCAAUAAAGCCCAAGAGACAUUCAGCAAGAAGCAAGAGAUCGAGAAGCUACGUACGUCCGGCUCGAUGACACAGUCUGUCAGCGAGGUGGCCAGAGUCAAGAACUUGAACGCGAUCCAGAUGGGCAAACACACUGUCGAUGUGUGGUACUACUCAGCCUAUCCGAUCGAGUACGCUCACAUCGACACCUUAUACAUCUGCGAGAUGUGCCUGUCUUUCUUCCCGUCGUCCUUCAUUCUAAAACGACAUAGGAUGAAGUGUUCGUUGCAAACCCCUCCAGGCAAUGAGCUGUACCGCUCAGAGGACAUCUCUUUCUUCGAGAUUGAUGGACGCAAGCAACGCACAUGGUGCCGUAAUUUGUGCCUACUUAGCAAAUGCUUUCUCGACCACAAGACGCUCUACUACGACGUCGACCCUUUCCUGUUCUACUGCAUGGUCAAGCGCGACGACACGGGAUGCCACCUUCUCGGCUACUUCUCGAAGGAAAAGGACUCGGCAGAGAACUACAACGUCGCAUGCAUCUUGACUUUGCCUCAACAUCAGCGCCACGGAUACGGCAAACUGCUCAUCGAGUUCUCCUACGAGCUGUCCAAGAUCGAGAAGAAGCUGGGAAGCCCCGAGAAGCCGCUCUCCGACUUGGGCUUACUCAGUUACCGCGCCUACUGGGCUGAAAUCAUUGUGGAGCUGCUUCUCAAGACCGAAGAGGACAUCAGUAUCGAUGAAAUCGCGCAAAAGACCGCUUUCACUCACGCCGACAUUCUACACACCUUGACCGCUCUCAACAUGGUGAAAAGUUACGCGGGUAAGCACAUGCUGGUUCUUUCGGACUCGGUCAUCGCCAAGUAUGCAAAGAAGAAGCCUCGAGUACGUAUCAAUCCCGACAAGCUUCGCUGGUCACCGCCAUCGUAUUCCCGCCAGCAGCUCAUGUCGUAUGGCUGGUAG